ACGCUUUUCCGCUCGGGACCGGAAGCGAUCUUUGGUUCCAGCAAGCGUUCACUUAAUAUGCUCAGACACUUUUUCCUCACUACCUUUUUUGAGUUUGCUACAAAGACACGCUUUAAAACUACACGAGAUACAUUUUAUUGACGUAAACAUUUUUUUCCAGCGCUUGUCUGAGUGCUUUUACAUGACACAAUUUCAGCGGGAACUCUGAAGCCGGUUAGCGGGGAAUGAGCUAACACGUUAACCUCGUCGUCUCCAGGGCGAUUUUAUAGUUAAUUAAAAACAUUGUUUUGUUUCAUAUGUUUGAUAUUGAGUUUUAUUUGGGGAAAAAAACAUGUUGUCUCAGGCCGUCCGCGGAGACGUGGGUCAGAACCAGCACUCUUUCAAUUCUGACACUACUGACAGCGGGGAACUUCUCAUGCGCUCCACUCGGGCUUUUAUCGCCGCAAGUAGCCUUGCCACUGGGUCGGCGACCGGUCCCGUGCGGUUAACUAUCCGAAAACUGUCCGACGACUACCGGCCGAUCUCCAAACAAGGGAAGCCGCGGUCGAGACUUCGACAAGAGCCAGACACCGGAGCCCCUCCGCGGACAUCAACCGACUUUCAGCCCGUAGGCGCACCUGUCAUUGAACACAGCUGUUUGAACCAAAGUGAAAGCGAUUCAUGUCCAGGUCACAAGCUGCUAACGUCGCACUUUGAGGCGGGGGCUCGUGGCCUGGUGCUUGCGGCCCUCAGGCAACGCGCUUGCGCCCCCCAGAGGCGCAACGUCAAAGUUCAGCUUCUAGACCCUCCCAGCAGCCGCCAUGACGCUCAGAAGAGGGUAGACAUCUUGGCUGGUAACCAUGGAGACCACAUCCACGCCCGUGUCACUGCUGCAGCGCAAAUGGCGCAACCAGACAUGGCAUGUGAAGGCUUUCAGCAAGGUGACAUCACGGACAGGCAGAGUGGGAAAAGUGGGCGGAGCCAGGUGACAGUGCAGCACCUGGAGGCGCUGCACAGCCGCCGCUUGGAGCUUCAGAACCAACUUCUCGAGUCGGCGCUCAGCAUCGUCACUCGCUACACCCCUGUUACGCCUGAGCAGGAGCACACCAGUCAGCAGGCCCCUCGCUGCACCCCCGUCGCUCCUGAGCAGGAGCACACCUAUCAGCAAGUGCCUUGCGUGAGCUCUGCAGUAACCAUCGACUCAUCAACCAGAACAGGAAUCAAGAUUGACCCAGUUACCCUGGCAACGCACACAGACCAAAGCAGGGACGCCCGCCAUCAGAGAGGCAUUGUUUCCGUGGCAACCAAAGCCACUGACAGCCAAGCGCCGAUGGAAGCCUGGCCCGCACAGACCGAGGCGAGCACGCCAUUGAUGCCGAUCCACGGCGGCGCCUUCACCUUCGACCGCGUUUCACCCGUUAAACUCUCAGCGGCGCCACUUCCCAAAGGACCUGAGGUCCCGUCCAUGCUGGAGGAGGCCAGCCGGGUUCUCCGCCAGGUUCAGCGGCGGAAAAAAGUUCUGGAGGAGAACCUGGAGGUUGUGGCAAGAGUUCGAAGCGGAGAGAUCCUGCACUCUCAGCUGAAGGCCCUGGUUCCUAACAGAGACCAUGGCGAGCAGGUCCGUAUUAAGAGGACAGUUGACGCCUGGAUCCAUCUGAUCGACAGAGACGUCCAGGCCAAGGUGGAGGCGCAGGCGUCCCGGCGCCAACGCGCAUACGCCACUUUCUUUCCGCAGCAGGCGGCGCUGGGGAAUAGAGGCCCCCCCCACACAGGCAGAUCAUUGGGAGCGCGGCGCAAGGUGGUGGUGGCGGCAAAAGGACACAUAGCUGGAACGAGAAUGGAGGCAGAGCCUGCCUUGGAGCAGCCGGAUGACGAGUCGUACCUUACUCGUGUGUACGGCAAAGCCCCACGAGACGGCCUUAGGAAGAGCCCCUACCCUCGCUCAGGCUCUCUUCCCUUGACACCUGACAGGAAGCUCCGCCCACAUCUGGUGCCGCUCUCGAGAGCAAGUACAAAGAAGGACAUUGCGCAGGUGUUUUCUGUCUCAAAGACCAGUCUGGCUCCGCCCCUCAACUCAUCACCGAGGCGACACCUGUCCUCCCAGCUGACCUCAAAUGACCCAUCUAAGACCCCUGCAGAGACGGCCAUGGCUGUACCCCUGGCUCACCCAAGGAUAGGCCCCUCCCCGAGGUGUCAACAAGAGGUAACCUCAGUUCCUGUUACCUGCUCCCCAGUGGACCACACUCUACCUGAGCCUCCCAGCCAGCAGCUGCAACCGGUAGACGAAGAUGAAGGGGAAGCACCGCCGCCAUCUUUCACUGUCAACGUCACAGAGAGGAAGAACGAGGGAGAGGGUGGAUUUCCUGGAAGUGACUUCCUGUGUGCGGCUGACGUGCGGGAGGAGUCUGUCCUGGAGGAGGUACAAGUACAUUUGGACGGAGCUGUGUCUCCCCCUCCGGUCUUGUAUCAGGUCUUGGCCCCUCAGGACCGGGGCUUGCAUCCCGUCCUCCACCAGGACUCUGCGGCGGGCGGUGACGGUGAUCUGGUGAAGCGUCUGGCGCUACGGGUGGAGCAGCAGCUCAUGUCAAGGAUGAUCACGGACUUGUACCCGCUGCUGACCCCUGAACCCCAGCGUAACCAGGCCAUGGAGACAUCAAAGGUGGAAGGGCAGAGUCUCACUUCCGCAGUCGUGGAAGCAGCAGGUGACACGGGUCUGCAGCACGUGGGGGACACCAAUCUGCACGUGGACUCUGUUUUAGUCAAGCAAAUGGUCCAUGAGGUUCUGGCCAAGAUAGUCGCUCAGGUUCUUGGACAGAGUGAGGCUCCAGAUCCCCCACCAGACGUAGGACCAGAUUUAGGACAAGGAUCAAAGAUAGGAACAGAUCCACGACUUGAUCCAGUAACAUAUCUAGGGCUUAAGCCAGAGAAAGAACCAGGAAUUGAAAUAAGAACAGAACCGGGACCCGAGCUAAGAACAGAUCAAGAGCUACGAUCAAAUCCGGUAAAAGAACAAGGACCAGAGCUAGAUCUAGAUCCAGCACCAGUGUUAGGAUCAGAUUCAGGAAGAGAGCUAGAAUCAGAUCCAAGACCAUAUCCAGCACUAGAGCUAGGAUCAGAUCCAGGAGUAGAGCAAGUACCAGCUCUAGCACCAGAGGAAGCAGCAGAUCCAGGACUUGAGCUAGUAAAAGAUACAGCAGCAGAGAAAGCAGAAGAUCCAGGACUAGAGCUAGGAACAGAUCCAGAACUAGAGCUAGGAUCAGAUCCAGCACCAGAGGACGCAGCAGAUCCAGGACGAGAGCUAGUAACAGAUCCAACAGCAGAGGAAGCAGCAGAUCUAGGUCUAGAGCUAGUGACAGAUCCAGCACCAGAAGACGCAGCAGAUCCAGGACGAGAGCUAGUAACAGAUCUAGCGGCAGAUCAAGGACUAGAACUAGGGACAGAUCAAGAAACAGAGGAAGCAGCAGAUCCAGGACCAGAGUCAGCCCAAGAGUUAGGUACAGAUCCAAAACCAGAGAAAUCAGCAAGUCCGGGACCAGAGAAGGAAACCGAAUCAGGACCAGAGUCAGCACCAGAGCUAGGAACACAUCCAGCACCAGAGGGAUCAGCAGAUGAAGUAAAGAUGCUUCCUGUGCCAAUCACAGCUUCAGAUCCGCUAGACACGCCCACCUCGCCUGACAGACUUCCUCCUGAUGUCCGCAUGUCAUUGGGUGACUCCUUGGACCAGGAGAUACCGGUGGAGCACACCAUGAUUCAGAAGUCAAAAGAAGAGUUGACUACGCCCCCUGCUCGGGUUGACCCGGAGUCCAGCUGCAGUUCUUGUGAUGACAGCACUUUGAUGACAGGAAGUGACAGUGCACUCCAACAGCUGUCAGAGGGAGAACUGGUCGUCUGCUUCAAGCAGCCCGACUCUUUGACAGAGAGCAGUUUGUCCAGCUCCCUUCACGACAUGGACUUAGACCCCCCCAGCGAAGGGCAGGUCAAAGGUCAUAUGUUCCAUUCACACACACUGCGAGAUGAAAGAUCACAGGGUGAGUGGCAGAGGGGGGAAGAGGAACUAAGUCAUGGGGAGGUGCCUGGUGCUCACAGGAAGCUGAUGUUGCAAUCAGACGCACCUCACCCAGUGAUGGCUUCUUGUGCAGGGUCCAGCAGGAAGUUGUCGGCAAGAGGAGGAGGACGCAUGUUGGAAUCCCUGGUACCCUCACAGACUGAAGAGGCAAACAGCCGGCAGAAGUCUGUGCUUACUUAAAGCUCUUACCUUUGUAUGGAUUCAUCAGUCGUUUACAAGCUGAGUUCGGAGAGGAAGUAACGCCAGACGCCACACAGGAAGAGACGUCAGGAAGAACGUGCCACAGCCAGCUUCAUAAUAAGCAGUGUUGUACCUCGAAAAUAACCACUGAAAAUAUGGAGGCGAGUCAUCCGUUGUUCUACAUGUACAGACGCUUGUGAAAAUCAGACAUGAAUACCUUAAGAGAGGGAAACGUACGAUUGCAGCUGUUUUGGAUACAACACAUCUCAGACGGCAACAUAGCAAUGUUGAGUUUUGGAUAAAUAAGAACAUGGGCCUAAUUCCUCUCCUUAUGUCCUCUCGGACCACAGUCCCUAAAUACCUUUUACACUAAGACCCUUACUCUUUGUAGUUCUAGACUUGGAGCCGGCAAAUCAGUACAAAGCCCAGUGUGUUGUUUGGCCAAUCAAUCCAUUUCCUGACCUUAUCCCUCUGCUCAGUUUGAGACGGGUGACCUUUGAUUCCUCAUCUCUACUCCUACCUGUGGGGGCUCCUACCAAAUGUUGCUAAUGUGUUUAUAAUCACUCUUAAAAUCCAAGCCUGCAUUCCUUUAGGAUUUCAAUUGUCCUGGGGGCAACUGCUACCACUCUCUGGAUGAGCUGUGAUGGGCAUCUGCACCCACAGCUAUCUAAAGGCAUAUUUCCUUAAUAGAAUGAUUCCCUAAAAGACUUUGUGACCAAAUACAGAUGCUGUCAUGUCUUGUGAUCAUGUUCUGUUUAGUUAUGUUCUGUUUGUUUUUGACUCCAUUAGUUCCUGUUUUUGCGCACUCUGGUUUAUGUUAGUUUCCAUGACAACUCAUUAGUUUCACCUGCCUCAUUUGUUUGACCUCACUCACCUGUUCUUAAUCAUGUCACUAUUUAAGCCUGUCAUUUUCUGUUGGUCGUUCUGGUGUCAUCACUUUUGUUUUUGCUCUGUCCAUGGCAUAGUUUGUACUGAUGUUCAUUGUUCAUGCUGCCUUGCGCAUGUCACAGUAAGUGUUGUUAUUUUUAUGUUCAUAGUUUAUGUUUAAAUAUUAGUUUUGUUGCCUCCUUUAAGUUGUGUGCCUCCACUGUGAGUGUUUUUUGUUUGUAGCUUUUGAGUUAAGAUUAAAAUCAUGUAUUUACCUUCA